UGGCACAACCUAGCUCGUUUCGAGGAGUAAAGAGGUCCGUAACUAAACAGUACCAUUUUGUCCAUUUUUCUUCGUCUGCAUCGACUAAAAUCAGAUGAAAAUGAUUAGUCGCAACGGCAUUUUCCUUGUGGCAUUUCUUGGCUUUUUCUCAGGAGUAUAUUCUGAUAUGAAAUGCCCUGGAAUAGCCAAGUACGAAAUCUCGUUUUGGUCGAUGUGGAGCAACGACACUCAUCCUAAUGCUUUCCCUGACAUGGGCAAAUUUUCUCCUUGGGUUGGCGCCUCUCACAACAUGUACUAUGUCAUGUGGGACGAGGGGAUGGAGGCUUCUAAAGGAGUGGAAGAUGUGGCUGAGAGCGGUAACUCAACCGAACUGGAGAAGGAAAUUAACAUGCAGAUCAUGUACAACAAGACUGCUUGGAAGCUGAUCAAGCAAACAGACGGACCAACAGAUGGUAGUGGUGCACAUAAGACAGGGAUAGAGGUCGAAGUCACUGCAGAUUAUCCUAUGGUAUCUCUUAUUUCCAUGCUUGCUCCCUCACCCGACUGGUUCGUGGGAAUCAAAGGCGUCAAUCUCUGUAAUGCUGGAAUGUGGCGAGACACUUGGAACAUUACUUCAUUGCCACCGUGGGAUGCAGGUACCGAAAACGGCACUAUGUUUAACACCACCAACCCGGAUACUAGUCCACGUGAAAAGAUCACACUCAUUACUAAGGACACGGCCGGCACUCCGUUUAUGGGUGCAAAUGCCAUCGCCCCUCUGGGUAGGCUGAUGUUCAAGAGGGUGGAGAAGCCCGCCGUUUACACAUGUAGUGGGGAACAGAAGUACCAGCUCAAGUUUGAAGGAAUGUGGAGCAAUGAAAGACAACCUGUCACGACUUUCCCAGCAGGUGCUCACUUUUCCAAACUGAUUGGCUGCACUCAUAAGUACAACUACAAGUUCUGGAGCCCAAUGACCAUGGCGUCCCAAGGGGUUAAGGAAGUCGCAGAAGCUGGCACCGAAGCUACGCUGUACAACGAUCUCACGACAGUGAAGGAUAAGGGUGGGUACGUGUACAGCGUGUUCAAAGCCGAUGACAAAACUGAACCCACCGCCACCAGAACCAUGAUCAUCACAGCUAAAGGCAUGUACUCCAAGGUCUCUGUCAUCGCUAUGAUUGCACCCUCCCCUGAUUGGUUCGUUGGAGUCGACAGUGUCGAACUCUGUGGAGACGAUGGUGAAUGGAAGGAUAGCGUACCGGCCAAGCCGUUGCCCGCGUGGGAUGCUGGGACAGAUAGUGGAACAACGUUCGCAGCAGAUAACGUGGAGACCAUGCCUAAGGACGUCGUCAAACAGAUCACUAAAGACAGCGACACGGAGCUGAUGGGGUCCAACCCCAUAAAAGAAUUUGCCAAGAUCUCAUUCGUGAAGUAUACAGAGUCUGCGGCCCACAGUUUGUCUGGAGGCGUUUCCGUCUGUCUGUCUGUUGCUUUUCUUGCCAUCUUACGUUUCCUGUAUUAGAUCGAUCUAAUAAAGGACACUAAGGAGUAUUCGGAAGCUAAUUUUCUUGCUCUUCAAUGUUAAAAGGAGGUUUGGAUAAUAGAGUCAAGUCUUAACUAUCCCAAACGUAUGAGUUGGCUGUCGAGUUUUAUCGUUCCCUAGCUGUGUUUAGGAAUGUUAAAGUUGACAACUGACAGAUUCGUCAGUAAAACGUUAGCCUAUACCAGUUUUCAAUUGUUGCUCGAGGCUGAAUUAAAUGAAAACUAGACUCGAAAAGGGUUCAGAUGUUACAGAUGGUCGACGAGAAUUGUCAAUAGCUUCCGUGACUAUCGCCAAUAUAUAUACACAUUCUCAAACGGCUUGGAGCCGAGAGUAUGCGAGAAUUGAGUUCAUCAGUGCUCCAAGCGAGUAAUAAGUCUCAUCAAUUUGUCAUAAAAGUUUGAGGAGGUUAAAAUCUUAUGAGAGCGAAAAAUUCCCACCGUAGAUUUUCUGUUAUUCAGCUUUCAUCCGCUUCUACACCCUCGAGCUAAACAAUUUCUUUUGUUUUAUGCUACAUGACUGGUUUAAGAUUUCUCCGGAAUUACAACAUGUUCUAUCUUCACCGUGUGUUUUUCCCUAUCUUAGUUAUAGACUUCAAGUUGAACCUCGCUUUUACCACUCUCAGUCAGCUGUUUGCCUCCAAACCUCCUCAGUUUCUUUGGUCUUUUUUUAAAUUUUUGUCAGUGAAACAGUUUCUUGUCCGUUUUUGCUGUUGUUUUUUAUAGCUCAUUUAUUUGCUGUAGGUGAAAGUUUUUCCAUGAAACGAAAUUAGGUGUAGUAUCCUAAGGUCUCACGCAUUUACUACUGUUCGAAAGUACCUGAAUUAUUUCUCAGUUUUUGUGCUAGGAAUCAUUCAAGUUCUGCGUUGUUCUCAGUCUGAAAACUGAACAAAUCCUAAAAACCGUCGGUAGCAACUCUGGUUUCGAAUGAAAUUUCAUUGUAACUAAGGAUGUUGUAUUUUUAUUGAGGCAUUUUUUUUUUAUAGUUGUACAUUGUUCCAGCAAUUUACGAAUAAAGUUUGUAAUGGCUUA